CAGCGCCACCGCUCGGUUUGGCGAAGAAAGUUGCAAAGAUGCCUUGGACGAUAGCUAGCAUUCGCAAACAACAUUCCAGCAAUAAAUAGCGUUAAAAAUUAACGUUCGGCUUGAAUGCUGCACGCCAUUCGAAAUUUGCCAUUAAACUGGCAUGACAAUGAUAAAGGAAAUGGUCCAUGACGAUUGUUGGCUACUGACAGAGUGGCUGGUCCGCUGGGGACAUCAUCAGGGGCUAGAGCAAAGAUAACAACUCCAAACCUGCCAGAGUUGUAUUAUCUCGGUGGACCUGGCGCUGCUUUAACUAUCCAUCCAACCAGGUUGCUCCAUUGGACAUGCUGUUAGAUAAGCCAUGAUCCCCAUCACUGAGCUCCGGUACUUUGUGGACACACAGCCUGCAUACCGCAUCCUGAAACCAUGGUGGGAUGUGUUCACCGACUACAUCUCCAUCGUUAUGCUCAUGAUUUCAGUGUUUGGUGGCACGCUUCAGAUCACCCAGGACAAAAUGAUCUGCCUUCCAUGCAAAUGGAUCGUCAAUGAGACCUGCAAGAGGAACUUCAGCUCCACCCUGUCCACAUCCUUCUUAUUGGAGCCGAAAGGGAUCCAGUACGAUCUGGACCGUCAUCAAUAUAAUUAUGUUGAUGCUGUGUGCUAUGAAAAUAGGUUACACUGGUUCGCCAAGUACUUCCCCUACUUGGUAUUACUUCACACGCUUAUUUUUCUAGCUUGCAGCAACUUUUGGUUUAAAUUUCCUCGGACUAGCUCCAAACUAGAGCACUUCGUAUCCAUCUUGCUUAAAUGCUUUGACUCUCCAUGGACAACCAGGGCACUGUCGGAGACUGUGGUUGAAGAAAGUGAUCCCAAACCAAUGAAGAUGAAUGGAUCAUUUGACCACAAGGCAUCUGUGAUAAGUGAAGAUGUUGAAUCAAGCAUCCCAAUGAUUCAGAGAACAAAGACACGCUUUGAACAAGGCAUUGUUGAUAGAACAGAACCAGGGGUUUUGGACAAGAAAGAAGGAGAACAGGCAAAGGCCCUGUUUGAAAAAGUGAAGAAGUUCCGUAUUCAUGUGGAAGAAGGAGACAUUGUAUACAGAUUGUACAUCCGUCAGACUAUCAUCAAAGUAAUCAAGUUUAUCUUAAUAAUCUGCUAUACAGGGUAUUAUGUGCAUGAUAUUAAAUUCAGUGUGGACUGUUCUGUGAAUAUAGAGAACCUGACUGGCUAUAAAGUGUACAACUGUGCUCAUCCACUUGCUACACUGUUUAAAAUCUUGGCGUGUUUCUACAUUUGCUUAGUUGUGGUGUAUGGUCUGAUCUGUAUGUACACACUCUGUUGGAUGCUACGCCGCUCUCUGAAGAAGUAUUCCUUCGAAUCUAUCCGGGAGGAGAGCAGUUACAGCGAUAUACCGGACGUGAAGAAUGACUUUGCAUUUAUGUUGCACAUGAUAGACCAGUAUGAUCCUCUGUACUCCAAACGCUUUGCUGUGUUCCUCUCAGAAGUUAGUGAAAAUAAGCUAAGGCAGCUCAACCUCAACAACGAGUGGACACUUGACAAGCUUCAACAGAGGAUAACCAAGAACUCCCAGGAGAAGUUGGAGUUGCACCUUUUUAUGCUGAGUGGCAUUCCAGAUACAGUGUUUGAUCUGAUGGAGUUGGAAGUUCUCAAACUGGAGCUCAUCCCAGAUGUUACCAUCCCACCAAUCAUUGCCCAGCUGGUCAACCUCCGAGAGAUGUGGCUCUAUCACACUCCAGCCAAAAUCGAAGCUCCUGCCUUGGCUUUUCUGCGUGAGAACCUGAGGUCUCUGCACAUAAAGUUCACCGAUAUUAAGGAAAUUCCUUUAUGGAUUUACAGUUUAAAGAACCUUAGUGAGCUUCAUCUCACCGGGAAUCUGAGUGCUGAGAACAACCGUUACAUUGUCAUCGAUGGGCUCCGCGAGCUCAAGAGGCUCAAAGUUCUCCGUCUGAAGAGCAAUCUCACCAAGCUACCUCAAGUUGUGACUGAUGUGGGCUUGCACCUCCAGAAACUCUCCAUCAAUAACGAAGGCACCAAGCUAAUGGUGCUGAACAGCAUGAAGAAGAUGGUGAACCUCACAGAGCUUGAGCUCAUUCGCUGUGAUCUAGAGCGCAUACCCCACUCAAUCUUCAGUUUGCACAACCUGCAGGAGAUUGAUCUGAAGGACAACAACCUAAAGACCAUUGAGGAGAUAAUUAGCUUCCAGCACCUUCAUCGGCUGGUGUGCUUAAAGCUCUGGUACAACCAGAUUGCCUACAUUCCCAUUCAGAUUGGCACUCUGACCAACCUUGAAAAGCUGCAUCUAAACAGAAACAAGAUUGAGAAGAUCCCCAACCAGCUGUUUUAUUGCCGGAAGCUACGAGUCUUGGACCUGAGCCACAACAACUUGACAUAUAUUCCAACAGACAUUGGUUACCUUCAGAAUCUACAGUACAUGGCAGUGACAGCCAACAGGAUCGAAACUUUGCCAAAUGAGCUGUUCCAGUGCAAAAAGCUUCGCACUUUGAACCUCGGAAACAACUGCCUCCAGUCUCUGCCAUCACGUUUCGGAGAGCUGACUGCACUGACUCAGCUAGAGCUCAGAGGAAACCGUCUGGAGUGUUUGCCUGUGGAGCUAGGAGAGUGCAGACAGCUAAAGAGAAGCGGUCUUGUGGUAGAAGAGGACCUCUUCAACACACUGCCCACCGAGGCCAAGGAACAGUUGUGGAAAGCCGACAAAGAACAAGCAUGAACGUGUUUGUGAGGAAACCAGACGAUACCAUACACUUUGGUCAGGAUACAAAAUGAAAGCCCAUGGUGUCCCUGAGGCACUUAGAAACAGGGUGUGCUCCUGCUUCAGUGUACUGCCAGUAAAGUUAGGUAUUAAUAUCAGUGCCAGUUUAGCAGGACAAAUGCUGACUCUCGCAGCUGCUGCUUGUCUUUUAUUUCUCUUUUGAAAAACGUCUGAGGCUGGUGCCAUUAUGAUCGGGAUCUUUUGUUUACAAUAUCAUUUUGUGAUAUUUAUGGUUUAGAGGAGACAAUGUAAAACAAAAAUACUGACCAACUGAACAUACAUACACUACGUUUCUCUCCAAAAUAGUCCCAGAUUUAUACUUCAUUAAAAUUACAUAUUUACUGUUUGGGGUUUAUAUGAAGAACCAAAGUUAAAUCACCAACAUUUCAAAGUAAUUACCUUUCUAUAAGGAAUAGCAGCUUAUCUCUUGUCCAAAACUCAUGUGAGCCUAAUAAUAACAUUGAUCAGUGUUUCUGCACUGUAUUGUGGAGCAUGUUUCUUAGAAACCUUCAGCUGUGCUGGGUUGAUUGGUCAAAUCUUGAAAAUGUGAAAUGAAACAACACAUUAGAAGUAAACGGUGCUCCAUUCAAGCGGCUGCAGAGAGUUGUCUCUGGGGGAGUUUCGGUUGCAUUGCUGCAGCAAAAUUACAGUGUGUGGUCAGACUUGGAGCCAGGUUGGCAGAGAAGAUGGAUUGGUGUUCUCAUCCUUGAAUUAAAGGAAAAGGUAUUAUUCCAAUAAAUGCCACUACUUAAUGGAUCAGCAUUAGUAAAGGUGUUUAUAAGGGUUGUUGUUUUGUUGUUUAUGGCAAGUGCUGCAGUUGUGUUUUGAUCUUUUUUAAUCAUUUGCAAAGAAAAAAUAUCUUAUUUUGAAAAUGUAAGUAGAUGAGUCUGAUCUGAAUCAUUGAAAUGCAUUGAAAGACUUCGGACUUAUCUUUUGAAGAUGGUUAUAGUGGCGAUAAUACACACAUUUGGUGCAUUUAGACACUGGCCAGGGGUCCAUUUUGCAAAAUGGGUCCCAAGUAAGAAAGGGUGGGGAACAAAAAUUCCUUUUAAAUAACAUUUCAAAUAGUUUUUAUAAAUUACUAUUAAUUAUUAAUAUUGGAGUUUUAAACUGACAGAAAUCCGCUUUAACUGUUGACUAGCCAUCAGCUUGACUUUACAGUCCAAACAUUUAAAGUCUACACUAUUUUACUUAUUAAUUUAUCUAAAAAGAUUUUAAAAGUGUUUAUGUAAUCACUGAUGGAUUUAUUUUAGAGGAACAAAAGACAAGAAAACUGGAUAUUUACUGUUAAACAUGUUUUCAGCUAAAUGUGUUUAGAGUUCCUGAUAUAUUAGGGGUUGACAUAUUGUUUUCCCCUUAUUCGUGUAUUCUCCUUGGUUAAUUCCAUUGAACCAUAUGAUAUUAUUUAGUGCAGAUUAAAGUUGCCAUUUUGAAAUUAAAAAUGUAAAGAAAUUAUGCAGUCAUUAGACUCACUAAAGCAGAGUAAUAAGGUGAAGUUUACUUUUUUGCUAAUGCGAAAUCCUUAGCAUUUGAAAUUGUGUGUUAAUAUAGGUUAAACAUUUCCUAACAAAACAUGUUACAUUACCUUUAAUGAAAAGAGGAGGAGAAAUAAUUAUUUUCCAAACUGUUUUAUGAGGAAAUGGCCUGUAAGAUUAGUUGCCUUAACGAUUAGAGUUUGUCAUUGUUGUGUUGUUUGGUGGUAUACAAUAUAUUUUUUAAAUGUUUAUAGUAGGCAUGGGCCAGUAUGUAAACAUACUAUGGUUUAAAUAUUAUCGUGGUAUUAACACAAACAUUUUAAGGAAAACUAUACACACUAUGCCAGCCUGAAGCUUGCCUCCUGCUUUGAAAGGGUAACAUUAGUAAGAGUGAUAGGUGGCACUUGACCUUGACUCUGUUUUUCGUGGCUGUUAAUAUUUCCAAACAGCUGAAUUGUUGGAUUUUUUUUCUGCAAGCAUGAAUAAAUUAUAGGAGCCCACUUUCAGCCAGCUGACUGGCCAACGGUUGGAGAAAGAUGCGGUCAUUUUUUAUUUAUUUUUUUUUGGCUUCAUUAAAAAGACUGUGGGACUGGUAUAUAAUUGUAUAUUUUAGUGGUUAUGAAACCACAACUGUUGAUAACUUUUCUAUACCUUGAAACGGCUAACAGGCCCAUACCUAAUUUAUACAGAUAGAAACAUUUAGGUUUCUGCUCUACCUUAAACCAAGUGGUGUUCUUUAGUCAGCAAAAGAUGGCUCCCUUCAUAUGUUAAUAGGAGAUGUAAUAGGAGUGUUGCUCUUAUUUUUUGUUUAUGUCCUGUAGACAUUCAACAAGUAACCACAUUUGGCUCCAGUGUUAUUUUACGCAGCUAAGUUAGACAUUUGAUAUUUUAAAGGCAGGUUCCGAUAUUUUUUGUCUUAAUUUGUUACCCUUGCCUUGUUACACUAACUGUCAUAACAUUUUUUUUUUACAUAAGCUAAUGAGUAAAGGUUUGGAAUACCUUUUCUUGCCCUGACUGGGUGGAAAAUGACAUGAUGUCAGUUUUAUUGUUUUAUUUCUAAGAAGUGUUCAAUUUGAAGUAAAACAGGUUUUAGUAUAUGUAUGAGGGUCACUUUUCUGGACUUUCUAAUAUUAACUUUGGCAAGUUUUUUGUGCUAUUUGAGAAUUCAUGAAGUGAUACAGCGUAUAGGGAAUUUUUUUUUUUUCCCUGAAGCAAAUUUACCAUUUCUGUGAGAAAGUGUGUUGGAGAAAACAUGAUAAUUAGCACUACACUAUUGCAACUCUACUGAAAAGUAUUAGAAAUAAUUUAACUAUGUGCAUCUAAUUCAGUAGCACGUUUAAUUAUGAUAAAUUGUGCAAUAUUGCCUUUCUUUAAACUAAAUGUGGGUUCGUUUUACAGUUUUUCAUGUGCAGCAGCACAUGAUGCUUUGUUUCUUUUUCUACUAGAGGGGUUAUAAGAAUUUUAGGUGAAGUAGAUCAUUUCAAGUUUUUUUUUCAGGAGAAUGCUUUCGCACUCUAGCACCUUUUCCCACAAUGUUGCAUUUUGCAAAUGCAAUAAUGGCACAAAACCGAAGUAUACGAGAUGUAUGUUUGUUUUUGUUUUGCAUCUGGAUGAUUCCAUAACAUAAAAUUAAAGUGUGUAAAUUGGGACAAUUUUUUUUGUUUACCUUUAAUACCAACUAAAAAAAAACUCUUUAAUGUCAUAGAGAACCUGUUGCUUACUAAGACAAUCAACAUUUCUGACCAAGUGUAACAUAAACAAUGUAAUGUGUAAUGGUGAGUAAAGAGUAUCCCACACUGCUUGGAUGAAUAUCUACAUAAAUCAGGUUUGUCUCAUUUAUAAAAAAUGUAUCCUCAUAUUUUUUCUUGUUUCUAUUUUGACAAGUAUUAUAUUGAAUUAGUUUCUCAGGAAUCCAUUUAAUACUCAUCUGUUUUCUAUUGGUUGCCUAUUUUUUUAUAACACACCUGAGUUUUGUUUAGAUUUAAACUGUUAGGAAUGUUUUAUGUGCUGUUUAAUGUUUUUUUCUUUAUCAAAGAUGUAUGGGUUUCUAAAAAAAAACCACUUGGUAUAAUAAUUAACUCAGUUUUUACUAUGAACCAUGUAUUGAGUGGUUUAAUAAUUGUGUUGUGAGUUACAAAUGUCAAACCUGUGUGUGUUUGAAUGAUUGCAGUUUCUCCAUGCUGUCUUUCAUGUUUUUUUCUUCAAAAUCUUCAUAUUUGGGGUUAUAAAUCAUCAUCAGUGAUUCUUUUUUACAAUCAUAAGAUGUGCUCAUUUAGUUUUGUUGAGUGACUUUGUUGCCAAACGUUGAAGAAAAUGAAGAAUCCUGAAUAUUUUUUUGCAGCAAUGUGGAUAUUCAUGCUAUUGUGUUUUGCUAUUUUGUUAAAGCAUGCUUCUCAUCUUUUUGUGCACCACCCAGAAUAAAAAAAUAAAAUAGACUGAAUAAA